GCGGCAUGCUCUCUUUUACAAGAGGUGCAUUGAAGCUGCCUAGUUUCAGCGAUGAAACUCCUCGCAUUAGCCGUCGCAGUUCUUUGUUCUGCUGGCCCAGUGUUUUCUCGCAGUUUGAACCUUCCUGCAAUUUCUGAUGCUGAUAGAGCAUGCAAGGGUGCCCUCGGGCCUGAUAUCAUUGACAAUGACCCUACGUACAUCCUGAGCCCAAACUUUGAUGGAAUUGCGAAGUAUCCUGCCGGCGUAUUCUGUAUGUGGACAUUGCGCACACUGCCAGGCAAGGUAAUCAAUUUGGCGUUCGAGGAGUUCUCGCUGCAAGACUCCCUGGACUGCGUCCGUGACCGGGUGGCCCUGUACGCCGGCGAGUGGCGACCUCAGCCUGAGCAGCAGCAGCAGUUGGCCGAGAAGCAGCAGAACCCGGUCGCGCUGGGCUCGGCCCUCGAAGACCACGGGUCCGCUACGCUUCUGGCUCGCUGGUGCGGGCCCUGGCUGCCGCGCGACUACGCGCUUCCGGCCAACACUCCAGCCACGCUCGUGUUCACCUCCGGAAGGCAGGGCACAGCGGGACUAGGGUUCGUCGCGCGAUACUACCUCACCGACGCUCCCGUCACAGAACAUUGCAAGGAGGAAGAACUACGCUGCCGUAAUGGCCAAUGCGUGGCCGAGCGCAAAAGGUGCGACCGGAACGACGACUGUGGUGACGGUACAGACGAAGAGAACUGCGGUCCUGAGGUUAGUGGCAACGGGUCGGAGACCUGUGGCCAACCGCUGGCAGACCCAUUCCGCUUCCACGGCGACGAGGACGCGUACAUCGUUGGCGGGAGCAAGGCGAAACCCGAGAGCUGGCCGUGGCAGGCAUCGCUCAAGCUGGCCGAGGACCCUGUGCACGGACACAAAUGCGGCGCCACUCUCGUCGACAGGCAGUGGCUCGUAUCGGCGGCCCACUGUUUCCGCACGUGGGGAGAGCCGUCGGACUGGAUAGUGUACGUGGGAAAGUACUACCUCUUCGAGGACGAAGCUACGCAGCAGCUGCGCUAUGUAGAGUCCAUCUUCAUUCAUCCUGGUUAUCAGAUGGCCGUUAAACCUGUGCUGGUGGAAAACCGAAAGGAUCACGACAUCGCGCUGCUCAAGCUGAACGCGCCCGUUACGCUCAAUGGACAGGUGCAGCCGAUCUGUUUGCAGGAGCUGCCCGAGCUCGCCGACAACACGACGUGUUACGUCACAGGCUGGGGCGCGACCCGCGAGGCCGAGAUGAGCCCCGUGCUGAAGCAGGCCGCCGUGCUGGUGCUUCCGGUGGACGAGUGCGCCACCUACUACAACGGCACGUGCGUCAUCAACCAGCUGAUGUACUGCGCCGGCUACGAGGACGGCCGACACGACUCGUGCCACGGUGACAGCGGUGGUCCUUUGGUGGUCAAGGAAGGAGGCAGAUGGCAAUUGGCCGGUGUCAUCUCGGGUGGACUCCGAUGCGGGGAGCCACGACACCCAGGCAUCUACACCAAAGUGACGCCACACUACACCUGGAUACGUGACGUCAUGUCGGGAAACGUCACGCGCUCCUGACGUCAGCGGAAUCUUGAACGGCGUGAGGGGAGCAGGAAUCGGUACCAAACAACGGAUAGUACCCGUUUUUAACAGCACGAGUACCACCUAAAUGAUUCACUUGAUAGAAGAAAAAAACUUAAGCAGUGCAAAAAAGAAAAAAAGAAAAAGAAAAGACAGGGUGCACAGAGUGAUUUGCAAUAUACUGACACCACAAGUCAUCAUUUCCCAAUUUUCUAAAUUUAAGCACAGAUUCUGUCAGUUUUAGCACUGCGCAGUCAACAAACAUAUUCAACACAGAGGCAAGGAAGUAGUGAAACGUUUUAGCAUAUCGCUACAAGUAACCACUACUGCCUUGUGCACGAAUAUGUGGCACCUUUGGGCAUAACGGUAAUGUUACUGUGGUAAAAUCUUGAAAAAAAAUUUUCUGUUAGCAUCAAGGAGAACAUGUGAGAAGCCUUAGCGUCGCAUGCCCGACAUAGCGAGAGUGCUUCCAACCAAGGCGCAAAUAAGAUUUAUUACAAUGUGGGUGGUCCGUGCGUUAAUCCGCAGGCACAGAAGUGUUGAAAAAGAGAUAUUACAGGUACUUUCGAUGCACAUAAAAGUCAUGCAACACAACAGGAUAUUUCCUAAGUUCUGGAUAAAAGCAACGUCACAAGGUCUCGCUACGAGCGCAAUAUUUUUUUUAUGAAGGCUGCGCAUCACCUAAACUCUCUCGUGGAUU